AACAACACGUUCGACGAUUUCAAACAGCUGAAUUAACUCCAGAACAAAGUGGACCAAAUGAAAACCGAAUUUAUGCUCAACAGUAUCAGCAACAGACCCUUAACCAACAACAACAACAACAACAACAACAGCAAUAUCAACAAACACAACAGCAACAACAAUACAUGCAUGGGGUCCAACAUCCACAAUAUGAUCAAUUCGAUAUUACUCUUCAACAAGAAGCUCAAUUCUACGAAGCGCCAAAAGGCGAUGAAUCGCUGCCCUGGCGGAGAUCAAAAACUGCAAAAAUACGAAGUCGAAGCUUACAACCAGUGCGAGAUAUUGAAAAAUUGCCAUGGUUACGAUCACAUCGCGAUCGUUCUGUGCCAAAACAACCGACAUUUAUGCAAAUGCAUCGAGGCCGAGUGCCAGUUCGUCCAUGGAUUGAAGAGGUAAUUAAAUUGAAACGAACUGAACUACAUCAAAAAGUAAUCGAACGUGCCAAAUUGGAAAAAGUUGAAUUGAAAGAGUCACAAAUUGAACGAAAAUUAGAAUUUCCGCAUGAAGAGUUAGAGAAGGUUGAUUUGAAGCAUUUGCAAUGGGAUGCAGAUGCAAUAAAAUCCGGCCAAAUAACGCAAUUAGCCGAAUGGCAACAAGCUUUGCUUGCCGAUUCCGGCAUGAGAUCGCAUGACAUUACACAUGAAGAUCAAAUGACUAUUUUGGAGGUAUCGAAGCAGCUCGAUGAACUUAUUCAAAGUGAUAAAUCACAAGGUGUCCCAUGGGAAAUUCAAAUGAAACAAUUGAAAACAAUUGAACGAGCUCAGAAGAUUAUCGAUAAAUUCAAAGUAGAAGAAGUUGAUCUGAAAUCGAUGCGCCAACAAAUGGCGCAAGAACAUCAAAACAUUACCAACGAACAAAGAAUCCAUACACAAGACUCGAACGUUCUACAUGUUGAUCAGCAAUCUGAUAUUCAAAUGCACAAAUUUGGUGUUCAACCGAAUUUUAUGCAACAGCAACAACAGCAACAAUAUAUGCAACCAUUGUCAUAUACUGAAGACACUUCACAUUUGAAACUAACCGAACACACACAGUUGAAUAUGAAAAAUAUUCAACAAAUGGAAAAUGAAGCACCGCAUAUGUGGCAACGUGGCAUGAAGCAACAGAAAGGCGAUCAAGGUGAUUUAUCUUACGUUGAAGAUUCAACUGUAUUGUCGUUGAAGAAAAAAGAACAAAUUACACAAAAAUAUACCGAUCUAAAUGAAAUGCCCGUGGGGUGGAGACGUGGUCCAAAAUCCGAAGGAAGUAUACUUUCCGAAUCUCACGUGGAAAUCUCCCAAAUUGAAGAUGAACAAAUAGAACAUCGCGAAAAAUCAUUGCCAUGGAUGCGUCAAAAGAAAAUCGGCAAAGGUGCUGUGUCUCAUGUUGAUGAUACAACACAAUUGGAAUUGGAUGAGAGGGAAGAAAUUAUGCAACCGCAAUUAAAACCAGACGAACAGCCAGUAUUGUGGAAACGUGGACCAAAAGCCAUUCAAAAUCAACAAGACACAAUUACACAACAAGAAUUAAAAGAAACGCCGGUAGCUUGGGAUCGUGGCAAGAAAGUUACCAAAGCCCAUGUUGAAGAUACAACUGCAUUGAAUUUAGAUCAAACACAACCAGCACCACAAGAGGAAGUGGAUGAAACACCAGUUAUGUGGCGACGAGGUCCAAAACCACAGGCACCAAAAAUACAAGAAACCGAACAGCUUAUUGAAGAGCGCACAGAUAGUGCUCCUAAGCAACCGACACCAAUACCAGCGCCGGUGGAAAAAGUGAAACCAUGGACAGAAGAACAAGUAAAAUUAAAGCCCCGGCCAAAAACCACGGAAACUGAAGAAAUCGCGCCAAAACGCAAAGACAGUAUGGCCAAACCUGAAGUCAAACCAUGGACAGAAGAACAGGUCACUUUAAAGACGGCACGAAGAGAAUCGGUAGAAAUCGAAAAAUUGAAACCAGCAAAAGACGAAGUACAACUUAAGCCGAUCAAAUCUCAAGUACAAAAACCAGCUGAAGUUCAACCGUUGCCUGAGUAUAUAGAAGAGGUCAUUGAUGAAAAGCCACAGCCACAAGAACCAGAAAUUGAACAGGCCACACCCUGGCGACGAGGAGAAAAGAAAAAAUCCAUUGAAAAGCAACCAGAUGAGAAACAAUGGCCAAAAGGUAAACGAAAGCCAAAAACUACCGAAGAAACUGAGACUGUGGAAUUGAAGCCAGUUCAACACGAAAAACCAGAAGAGAAACAACCAGAACAACAUGAACUCAAACCGAUAGACAAAGAGGUGGUUGAUCAAGUGCCACGGCAAAAAGUAGUAGAGAAAAAGCCCAUUGAAGAGGCAAAACAAUGGCCAAAAGGUAAACAAAUACCGAAACCAGUUGAAGAGGUUGAAAAAGUAGAACUUCAGCCAAUUCCACGAAAAAAACUAGAAGAAGCAAAAACAAAAGAAGAGCCAGAGCUCAAACCAGUCAAAAAGGACGAGGUUAUUGUCGAAGCACCGACAGAACCAAAGGAAACAACUUUGCCAAAAGUACACGGUGGCAAGGCUCAAAUAAAAGCACCCAAAUUUGUGAGAAAACUCAAACCAGAACUGUGCAAACCAAAUGAACCGACACUUUUGAUAGCAACGGUUGAAGGUACACCAUUCCCUGAAGUUAAAUGGUUCUUCAAUGAUGCAGAAGUGUAUGCAACAGAAAACUAUGAAAUGAAUGUUGUUGAAAAAGUGGUUACAUUGAAAAUAGCCAAAGUCACACCGGAUACGAUCGGAACCUAUUCAUGUCAAGUGAAGAACGAAGCCGGCGUUGCAAUUUCACGUGCAAACAUUGCAUUGGAAAAAGAGUCUGGAAUAGCACCAACAUUUACAAAACCAAUUGAAAUAACCUAUUCGGAAGAAGAACACAAAAUUAUCAUCACAUGUCAAGUUGACGGCACACCAAAACCGACAAUCGUGUGCAAAAGGGACGAACAACAGAUAAUUCCAAACGAAACUGUACAAAUUCGAUACGAUGAAAAUAACGGAGAUAUUACUUUAAUAUUGUCUGAUGUUCCAAUUGAAUUAGAUAAACCGAUUGUAUAUAAAGUAGAAGCUGAAAAUGCGUAUGGUAAAGCGAUUAAUAAAGCUGAAGUUAUGCAGAUUGUGGAACAAUCUGAAGCCAUGGUUCCGCAUGUUUUAAAAGCACCACGAUUGACGCCGCUUAAACCGCAAACGAUCAGAAAUCUUGCAACACUUACAAUCAGCUCAUCUUAUGUUGGAACACCCGAGCCCGAAAUCAAAUGGCUGAAAAAUGGCAAAGAAAUUGUGAUUGAUGACAAUACUACUAUUACAAAUGUUAAUAACACAAGCACACUAACAAUUCGUAAUGUAGAUCGAAAACGUACCGGAAAAUAUGAGAUUCUUGCAGUAAAUGAAGUUGGUGAAGCAAGAGCGUCUGGAAGUGUGAUGGUGACUGAUACAGCUCCAUCAGAUGAUCUGAUACCACCAUAUUUCACGCAAUUGCUUAAUCCAAAGACGGUGCUUAUGGAUGAAAUCGUGAUUUUGGAAACAUCAGUUGAAUCAUAUCCGGAGUCAUCAUUCCAAUGGUUUUUCAAUUCAACCCCAAUCGCCGACACCAAAUGCAUUCAUUCACGAAAUAACAAAUCGGUUCUAUACAUUGAUCGAUUUAUAUCGGAAAAUGAUGGUAUUUACACAUGUCGAGCCGAGAAUGUUGCGGGAUCAGUGACAUCAAGUGCUACAGUCAAAUUGGUGAAAACAGAAGAACAACUAGAAGAGAUUAAAGAAUAUCUAUCACCAAGAUUUAUACAAAAAUUGCAACCGGCACACUUGAUGGAUGGUGAGGCUAUGAAACUAACCUGUCAAAUUAUCGGCAAUCCAACGCCAAAAAUAUCAUGGUUCCACAAUAAACGCAUGUUAACGCCAAACAAAGGAACCACCAUUGUUCAGGAUAGUAAUGGCUUUUGUGAACUGAAUAUGCCUGGAGUGUUCGUUGAAGAUGCUGGAAUUUACAGUUGUAAAGCAAUCAAUAAAUUUGGAAAGUCCAUCACUAAAACUAAUGUUAUCAUUGAAGCUUACGAAUAUGUUCCGGACUCAGAAAUGACCAGCAUUACACUAGGAUCACAAGACGAUCUUUUAGACAAGACCGUUUCGAUUGAAGAAGAAACAUUGGUUGCUCCAAAGAUUGUGAAAAAACUGCCGACAGUCGUACAAACGAAAUCGGGAGAAACAGCAGUUUUGGAAGUAAAGGUAAUUGGAAAACCAACUCCGACUCCAAAAUGGUUGAAGGCAGAUGAAGAAAUCAUUCCAUCCGAUGUCUACCUCAUUGAGAACUAUCCAGAUGGAACAUCAGUGCUAACCAUCGCAAGCGUUCAGCCAGACGUUGUUGAUCAAAUAACGUUCGAGGCUGUUAAUCCAGUGGGUAAAGCCAAAACUGCAACGGAAUUACAAGUUGAAGAAAUUGUUGGUACCAAAGAAUAUCGACAACCGGAAUGGGUUACACAAAUGGAAGAGAUGCGUGAAGCACUAAAGGCUGCUAAAUCAGCACCUUCUUUUGUGGUAGAAAUAGUAAACAAGAGAGUUUUAGAGGGUGAAUCAGUUAAAUUUGAAUGCCAGUUUUCAGGAACGCCAAUACCAGAUAUUUUAUGGUAUCACAACAUGAAAUUUCUUAAAAGCUCUGACAAUGUUAAAAUCGACACAAAUAUCGAAGAGAUGAAAUCAACAUGCGAAAUUUUAAAAGUAUCCAAAGAGAAUUGCGGUUUUUAUACAUGCAAAGCUAUAAAUGAUGUUAAAGAAGAAACAACCAAGGCCAAAUUAGACUUGACAUAUAGCGGAGGUUCAGCAAGCACUCAAAAAAACACAACAGAGACCAAAAGCGUAAUCAAAGAAACAAACACAGUAGCAAGUACAGAAACAGUCAAAGCUGCAAGCAAAAUAAAAUCUGAGAAAAAAAUGAAAACGCAGAAAAAAACAUCACAAACACAAAAAGCAUCGAAAGAAGAACGAAAAACAGAGCUAAUUAUAUCACAAACACAAAAAGACGUCAAACAAGAAAUUGAAACCGGUGAAAUGGAGGAAACGACAUUGACAACAGCAAAUAAGGCACAUUUGGAAGUGGUUCGAGAAGAUGAACGUAUUUCAGAUGCAAGUUUAGUAAAUAUAACAACCAAAAGUCAACGAUUUGAAGACGAAGACGUUGAAAUAAUAGAAGAAACCGAAGAAAUUCACGUAAAAAUUUACAAAGAAGUUUUUUCGGUUGAAGAAAUGGAACGCUUUAAGGUUGCUGACGAAGUAAACUCGAUUCUUGAAAAAAUUGAAGCCCAUCAAUUUGGAAGCGGUGAACGGCCACUUCGUGAAUUGGCAACUGUUGGACAUCUGCUUAAGAAAGGAAUUGAAAUUAACGAAAUAAUACAAUUGUAUGAUGCAAACUUUUUCCCAGCACUUAAGAUACCCGAAUCACAGUCAGCGUUAGUUCAACUGGUUGAACGACAAGGUUAUGAAAAUUUAAUUGCCGAUAUUCUAAAUGCAAGUUCGUCAGAAGAUGAAAAUUUGCUUGCGUCGACCGUGGGAUUUAGAGCAUUCAUACGGAUGGUUGAAGUGACAAAAAUACCAAUCGAAGAAAUUAUCACCAAUUUUAAAUGCGAAGAUUUCGUGUCCCAAGAAUGGAAACACAAAGAAGUUAAGGAGAAUGAAUUUGUCGAAGUGACGGAAAGUCAUGUCAGUAGCAUACGAGCUGAAAAAAUUUCAAUUAUUGAGAAAGCAUCAAAAGAAGAAAAACUAAGCACUAUAUGUGAAGAAACGAGUGAUCAAAAAUCGACGGUAUUUGUGACAAGAUUUGAAUCUUCGGCUGACGGAAUUAAGUCAACAACAUCGAAGAUUGCUGACGUAGAAGGAGUUUUGAUUGAAGAAGUUUUGAGUGAACCCGAACAAGAGAAAGUUGUACAACAAGGUGAUGUUUUCAUCGAAGAAGUUAGAGACACAGAAGUUGAAGAAGAAAUAAAAACCGAAGUCCAACCCGAAGAGGAGAAAUCAAAGGAGGAACAACCAAAGAAGAAGAAGAUCGUCAAAAAGGUUAAAAAGGAUGAUCUUGACUACAUUCAAAAGCUAAUCGAUAUGGAAAUUCCAAAGACUCAAUUGGAAGUGUUUGAAAAACCAGAAUUCGAAGAUGUUAAAAAGAAAAAGAAAUCACUUGUUCCAACAACAGACGACUCAGAAGAUGUACCCAGUCAGCUUAUUGUUGAAGAGUUGCCUGAAGAAGUUGUUACUCUGCAGGUGCCAACUGAAACGGGCGAAAUCGUUGAACAAAAGGUAACAAAACGAAAGAUCAAGAAGAAGCAAGGUGAUAAUGAACAAGUCAUCGAGGUGAUAACAGUUGAAGAAGAAGGUAAAGAACCAGAAACUGAAGUUACAAUUGAAGAAGUUCAACCUUCAGUAGGAGAAGAGGAGGAAGAAACACCAGAAUCGGUAGAUAAACCGGAAAAGAGUGUGGUGAUUGAGGAGGUGCAACCAACAGAGCCAAAGAGUAUUGAACAACCUAAGUUAAAGAAGAAGAAAGUGACGAAAAAAGCGAAGAAAGACGACAAAGAUGAUUACAUUCAGAAAUUGAUCGACCAAGAAAUUCCGAAGACUGAAUUGGAGGUGUUUGAAAAACCGGAAUUCGAUGAAAUUACAAAGAAACCUAAAAAGAAGAAAUUGCUUGUAUCAAAAACAAGUGAAGAAGAAGAAAAGAUCGACGAACAAAUUGAAGAAGAGGAAGAAGAAACAUCGAUACAUUCGAUUGUUGAAGAACAGCCAGAGGAAACGGUAGAAUUACAGCUACCAAAGAAGGAUUCCAUUAAACCGAUACCAAUAGAUGAUGUAACGGACGAAGUUACUGUCGUAGCUUCCACAAAGAAAGAAGACCAAAUAGAAGAGCAAAUUACUGAAAAGGUAAUUAAAAAGAAGCGUCGACCAAAGGAAAUAGAUGCAGAGGCGGAAAUCGAAAUUGAAAAACAACCGGAUAUCAGUACAGUCAUCGAAGAAAUCGAAAGAAUUGAAGUUGAACAGCCUGAUGUCGAAACACCUAUUGAGAUAGUACAACCAGAAGAAACAACUGACGAAGCAAAACCGGAAGAAGAGAAGACUGCACCAAAACCAGUUGAGCCAACUGAAAGUACUGACGAUCGUAGAACAUCUGUAUCGAAGACCAAAAAGAAAAUAAAAAAGAAGAAGACCAGCGACUUGGAUGAGGAUUAUAUUCAAAAAUUGUUGGAUCAAGAAAUUCCAAAGACGGAACUCGAAAAGUUCGAAAAGCUAGAAUUUGAGAAACCACAAAAGAAACUACCAGAAAAGGGUGAACUUGUACCAAUGAAGAUUGAACGAAAAGAACAAAAACCAACUAAAGUAAAAGUCGUUCCGGUCGAAGAGGUUAAACCAAUAAAGCUCAAACCAAAGAAACCAAAACAAAUUGAGCCAGAAGUUGAGAGCAAAUCUGAAAAGCCACGUCUUAAGAGUCGUAUUACUUAUGUUGACAUUGAAGAACCAAUGAGCGUAAAGAUUACAGACAUCGGCGCCGUUAAAGAUCAUGGUGAACUGUCGAGAAAUAUUGAAGAGGCUGAAGAGGUUCUUAAAUCAAAACCAAAGAAAUUCAAACAUAAACCACAGAGAAAGGAUAGCUUAGAACGUCCCGAACUUGAAGUUUAUGAAAAAUAUGAAAGCAGUUCCGACGAAUCGUCGAAGAAAGAAUCGUAUCAAAGAACAAAGAAAGAAAAGCCAGACGAGACAACGGACACGAAAACUCUGAAAUUAGGCAAGGGAAAACCGGUUGACGAAGAUGAAACUAUUGAAAAGGUGAAACUAAAACCAACAGUUAAAGAAGAGAAGUCUGGUGAAGAGAGCGUCGUUGAAAAGCAAAAGAAGCUUCCAGAAGCCGAGGUAAAAGAAGACGAAACAAAGCCUGAGCCCGAAUAUGAAUUGAAACCAUUGGAUCAAUUUGAGUCAGAGCCAGAAAAGGCACCUUUAGAAGAUGUAGAAAAAUUCAAAGACGAGAAAGAACCAAAAGCACCAGAAGAAGAGAAACCCAAACGUUUCAAGAAAAAGAAGACAGAACCAAUCCCUGAAAUAACGGAGCAACCACUUAAGCUUGGCGAACCAAAAGAAGCGGAAGAUACGCCUGAAGAGGAGUUGAAGCUUGGUUAUAAACAGAAACCAUUACCAGAAGAGACGACCGAAGAAGUUGUCUUGAAGCCACUUAAAAAAGACAAAAAGGAAACGGAACAGCCUGAAGAGGAAACCGUUCAUGAAAUAAAGUUGGUCAAGAAACCUGAUGUUGAAUCAACUGAAGGUGAGGAGGCCAAAGUUACAAUAAAGAAGAAGAAACAACAAGCUCCAAAAGGUGAAGAUGAGGCAGCUAUGGAUGUUGUAGUGUCACUGAAAAAGAAAAAACCAACUGAUGAAGACCAAGAAGUUGAGAGCGAAGAUGAAGCUCAAUUCACUUUGGCCAAUGUACCACUUAAACAAGAUCAAACUGAAGAUGUUGAAGCACAAAUUAGUUUGAAACCAAAGAUCACACGUAAAACUACCGACGAAGCAGCUGAAGAUUUGACGUUGACUUUAACACCACAACAACCAGAUGAAGAACAAAACGAAGUUGUAUUCAAAUUGAAGCAGCCAGUUGAAGAAGGAAAAGAAGAAGAAACCGAGGAAAGUGCAGUAUUCACAAUUGAAAAACCAACAAAAGAUGUGAUACCAGAAGAUGUUUCUGAAAAACUUAAAAUCAAAAAGAAAAAGUCAAAGAAAGAAACGGCUGCGGAUGAGGUAAGCAUCGUCAAAGAGGUUGUUGUUGAACCAGAGCCAAUAACUAUUGAAGAGAUUGUUGAAGAUGUGCAAUUUGUCGAGAAACCAACCGAACCUGAUUUGGUUGAAUAUCCAGAAGAAGUCGUUGAACAGCCCGAAAUGGUUGAGCAACCAGUUGAAAUAACUGAACACAUCGAAGAACCGAAACCAAUAGAAGUGAUCGAAAAAGAUGAAGAUGUUACCAUCAAAAAGAAAAAGAAACCGAAGAAACAACCAACCGAAGAGUCCAUCGAAGAUGUUACAUUGAAAAAACCAAGUGAAGAACAACCAGAAGUAGAACAAGAGGAUGUUGUAUUGAAAUUGAAAAAACCAACUGAUAAAACUGUAGAAGAAGAAGCUGAUGAUCAUACCGUAUUUACAAUCGGAAAGAAGACCGAAGAAGGUCCAGCCCCAGAAGAUGUUUCAGAAAAAUUAAAGAUCAAGAAAAAGAAAUCAAAGAAACAGGCGGCUGCCGAUGAAUUGAGCAUAACCAAAGAGAUUGUUAUUGAACCAGAACCUAUAACUGUUGAAGAGAUUGUGGAAGAUGUUCAAUUUGUCGAAAAACCUAUCGAAGAAGAGCAAAAAGUGCCUGAAGAAGUGGAAGAAAAGCCAGCCGAUGAAGAUCAAGUUACAAUUAAAAAACCAAAGAAAAAGAAGACAAAAACGGAUGAGGUUGAAGCAACGGUAUCGUUGAAAUCAGAAAAAGAACAACCAACUGAAGAUGUUAACCAAGACGUUACAUUAAAGAAACGCAAGGAAGUUAAAUUUGCUGAUAUUGAUACAGCCGAAACGAUUAAAGUUGAAGAAAAACCAGAGUCCGACAAUGAGGCCGAAUUUUCAUUACCAAAACGUAUCGAUAAACAACAGACUGAAGAUAUUGAAUCAGAGAUAACCAUCCGUAAAGAAGAUUCAGAUCAAUCAGACGUUGAAGACGUUGUUGCCGAAUUCACAGUCAAAAAGAAGAAAGAACCAAAGCCCGCUGUAGAAGAGCAUAAUGAUGAGUAUACCAUUAAAAAAUUGAAGAAACGCCGACGAUCACAAGUUGAAAUUCCAGAACACACUGAUGUUGAACAUGUCACAUUCCGUCCACGAUCAACGAAAACGAAAGAGGAUGUCGAACAAGAAUUUAACAUUCAACUUGAUUCAUACGCAGAAGAAGAGAUAUCGAUGUCGGGCAAAAUAAAACUUAAGAAAACCAAACCUCCCACAUUCUCAGAGGAGGGUGAUGAAGCUCAUAUUAAAAUCACCGAGCAAUACGAUGAUAAAGAAGGGCCCAUCAUUGAAGAAAUUGAUGACGAUGAAAGUGCUGCCGAAGACACAAUGUACGAUAUUGAUGAGCCUGAAGAAUUUUCAGAUAUCGAAGAAUUGCCGGAACAUGUUGAAUUCAAAUUGAAACCCAGAAAAUCCAAACCAUACGUUGUUGAAGAUCUUGAUGAGGAAUUUGCUGUUGGAUUCACACAUCGCAAGAAACCCGAUGUUGUUUCGUAUGGUGAAGAUUCAUUCACAUUGCGAACGCCAAGUCGUCGACUACCAUCUAGUUACUUGGAAGAAGCGUCGCUGUUCCUCACGAGAGAUGAGAUCGUUGAUGAAUCAAUCAAAGAAGAAGAUAUCAUGUAUUCCUACUGCACAUACAUCGCUGAAAAUGCUGAAUCUCUUAAUUUGGUUGAGGGUGAAAAGGUUUACGUUCUUGAAAAACAUAACAUUGAUUGGUGGUGGGUUAAAAAGCCAUUAACUUCCGAAAAAGGCUGGGUACCGUCACAAUGUCUAAUGGAUGCCAAUUCAUACAAACAAUAUGUUGAGACGAAACUUAAUGAAAAAAUUGACAAAUUACCAGUAUUUGAAAAACCGGGACCAAGUGAGAAGACGUUCGCUCCUAAAUUUAUUGAAAAACUUCAGCCAAUUACAACACCCGACGGAUACACAAUUCAGUUUGAAUGUCGAGUUGAAGGUAAUCCACGCCCUCAGAUCACAUGGUUCCGACAAACUGCCAUUAUCAAGCAAUCACAAGAUUUCCAAAUGUAUUACGACGACGAUAAUGUGGCCACACUUGUUAUUCGAGAAGUAUUCCCCGAAGACUCCGGAACGUUUACUUGUGUUGCUAAAAAUUCGGUUGGUUAUGCAUCAAGCACAACUGAAUUAACGGUCGAAGGUCCGCUUUCGGAUCAUGGAUCAGAGGCUGGUCUAUUGUCGCGCAAGAGUUUAUCACGUGAAUCAUCAAUGGCCGACAUCUUAGAAGGCAUUCCGCCAACAUUCUCAAAGAAACCACGUGCCCAAUAUGUCGAUGAAAAUACCAAUGUAAUUUUGAAAUGCAGCUUAGUUGCCGUUCCUGAACCAGAAAUCUAUUGGCUAUUCAAUGGCGAAGAAAUUCAAACGGAGAACAACGUGAAAAUUGUCACUGAAUCUGAUAUGCAUAUGUAUUUGUCGGUUGUGCACAUAACAAAGGUACAAAAGGUGCAAGAAGGUACGUAUGAAGUCGUUGCACGGAAUAGAGAAGGUGAAUCACGUUUACCCAUCCAACUGAAAGUACGUACAAAGGACAAAGAACCUCCACAGAUUUUGGAACCAUUGCAUAGUCAAACAAUACGCGAAGGUGAAAGUGUUAUUUUGAACGCACAAAUUGUCGGCAAUCCAACACCAAAAAUAACAUGGCUGAAAGAUGGUAAACCAAUUACCGCUAAUGUUAAAUCAGACAAGGACACACAUUCUCUUACACUCAUUUCACCAAACAAAGAUGCUGCUGGUGUGUAUACAGUUAAGGCUGUUAAUCCAGUUGGAUCAAUUGAGACAACUGCCAAUUUAACAAUUGAAGAGCAUGUACCAGAUUUAGAACCACCAUUCUUCAUUGAACGAUUUGAAGAACAAACCGUUCCGCAAAACAGUGAAAUCAUUUUACUUGCGAAGGUAAGCGGACAUCCAACACCUGAAAUUACAUGGCUACGAAAUAAUGUGCCAUUGAAACCAUCAGAUCGUGUCGAACAAACAUUUGAUGGUAAAAAUGUUGAGCUUCGCAUUAAGAAUGCUGAUGCGGACAAAGACUCUGGCGAUUAUAAAUUAGUUGCUAGCAGCCCAUUGGGUAAAGUUUCGCAUGGUGCUCGUGUUAUUGUAGAAGUUGAUGAUGUGGUAUUCACCAAACAACUUAAGAAAACGAUUAGCAUUCAAGAGAGCCAAACCCUAACACUCGAAUGCGAGACAUCGCAUUACACAAUAACAAAAUGGUAUCAUAAUGGAAAAGAACUCACCGGCAUGGACCAUCGCAUUGUUUCGCAAGAAGAUAAGGUACAUAAAUUGAUUGUUAAAGAUACAACACCCAAAGAUGCUGGAACAUACAAAUGUACAAUAAAAAAUCAUGAAACAUCAUCAACUGUUGAAGUAAUCGAGAAAGUUCCACAAUUUGUAAAAACUAUCGACGAUUUUGAGGUGAAGGAAUUGGAAACGGCUAUUUUGGAGGUUGAAAUUACAUCUGACACAGCCGAUGUGACAUGGCUUAAAGAUGGACAGCCACUUAAAGAAGAACCUGAAAAGAUCGUCUUUGUUAAAGAUGGAAAAGUUCGUAAGUUGCUUAUUAAAUCGUCAAAUGUCAUCGAUGAAGGUGAAUACACAUGUCAAUUGGCAGAAGAAGCUUGUACAGCUGAAGUAAGUGUUAUUGAAUUGCCACCAGAAAUUGUAAAGAAAUUGGAGAACGUAACAGUUGCAAAGGGUGAAACAGCUGUCUUUGAAAUUGAACUUACCAAAGGUGAUGCAUUCGUUAAAUGGUUUAAAGGCAAGAAAGAAAUUCACUUUGAUGAUCAUGUGCAACUCACAAUCGAUGGUAAAAUUCAAAGACUCAAAGUUUUUGAUACGGAACCCGAAGAUGAAGCCAAAUAUUCAUGCAAAGUUGGAAAUCAAGUAUCCACAGCCAAAUUGUUUGUUGAAGAACCAGACGUACAAUUUAUUGUACCAUUGCCAGAUGUCACACUUGCUCCAAAGAAUACAGACGUUGAACUUACUGUCACAUUAUCACAACCAGAUGUUGAAGUGACAUGGUGCAAGAACGGUAAACCGAUUAAAGACGGACCAAAACAUAGCAUUGACGUUGAAGGAACAGUUAGACGUUUAGUUAUUAAGGAUGCUGAUGAUGAUGAUAUCGCCAAUUACACGUGCAUCGCAGGAAACACCAAAUCCAAUACACAAGUCAAACUUGAAGAGAAUCAAUUGCCACCAACAAUUCAAUUGAAAGAGAACGUCUACAAAGUACAAGAAAACGAAGAUGUUACGUUUACGAUUCCAUUUACUGGUUCACCGAAACCAGAAGCAGAAUGGUUUACAUCGGGAACUGUUGUUAAGCCAACUCCACGUAAGAAAAAGACAAUGGGUGAGGAUUCAGCAACAUUAACCAUCAAAAAAGUUGCCGAUGAAGAUGCUGGUGAAUAUACAAUUAAGCUUACAAAUCCAGUUGGAGACGUACAAGCAUCGCUCACUUUAAUCAUACUGAAACCACCAUCUGCACCUGGUAAACCCGAACCAUUGGAAGUGGCAAGUGAUUCUUUGACACUUUUCUGGAAAGCACCAGAGGAAGAUGGCAACGAUGUUAUUAUCGAAUACAUUUUGGAAUAUAAAGAAAAAAUUUCGAUCGAUUGGACACAAAUCACACAAAUUACAGACACUUCAUAUAAGGUUGAUAGACUUAAAACAGACUCAGAAUAUGCGUUCCGCGUUUCAGCUGUGAACAAUAUCGGACAAGGUCCACCAUCACCAAUAUCUGAAUACAUUCGAACAACAGCACCAUUUGAAAAAGAAAAACCAACAAUUAUUGAGCCAUUGGCUGAUAAAUUCAUUGGUUUGAAUGAAAAAUUGGUGCUCUCUUCUGUAAUCGGUGGUAAUCCAGUUCCAAAAGUGACAUGGUAUAAAAACAAAAAGACCAUUGAAAGUGAAGAAACUACUUAUGAGAACCGUGUUACUAAGUAUAUCAUUGAAAAGACUACAAUUGAAACUGAAGCCGAUUACACAUGCGUAGCUGAAAAUGAAAUGGGUACCGCUGAAACAACAUGUCGAGUUAAAAUCCAAGAAAAACCAACUAUAACGAUUGAAGAUAAAUACAUUAAUCAAAAGAUUCGGAAAGAUAAAACGUAUACGAUUAAAGCCAUAAUAUCUGGCUAUCCGGAACCAGCAAUCACUUGGUGCAAAGAGGCGGUAUCAAUUUUAACCGAUUCACGCGUUAAAAUUACACAUGAAAAUUGUGAAAUUACAUUGACUAUGACCAAUGUUGAACGUGAAGACAGUGGUAAAUAUACGAUUACGAUUAAGAAUAGUGCUGGAGAAACAACGGUCGAUUUAACACUCAAAGUAAUUGACAAACCAGAACGUCCAACAGCACUUGAUGUAACCGAUAUUAAGAAAGAUUCGGUUGUGAUUGCAUGGACGCCACCAAUCGAUGACGGUGGCUUAGAUAUCACCAAAUAUGGCAUUGAGAAAUGUGAUCCCGAAAAGAUGGUUUGGAUUAAGGUGGCUGAAGUUGAAAAAACGAUUGUGACUUACUGCGUUCAAAAGUUGCUACCAAAUGCACAGUACAUAUUCCGUGUCGUUGCUGAAAAUCCAAUUGGAGCAUCUGAACCAAUUGAAAGUAAUCCAGUAACCAUUAAAUUGAAAAUCGAUGUCCCAAGUGCACCACGUCCACCAAUUGAUGUAUCUGGUAUGACUAAGGACUCAUUGGUUCUGUCAUGGAAAGAACCUGAAAAGAAUGGUGGCAGCAAAGUUCUUGAUUACAUUGUUGAAUUCAAAGAAUCUACCCAAAAAGACUGGAAAUUCGUGGGCACGACUGAAGGAAAUCAAACUUAUAUCCACGUCAAGAAGCUCAAACAAAAAACAAAAUACAUCUUUAAGAUUUGUGCUCGUAAUGAAGCUGGUGUUGGUUUACCUUUGAUUACUGACGAACCAAUUACUGUUGACGAUAAAAUAACACCACCAUCGCCGCCACAAAAUCUCACGGCAAUGAGUGUCACCAGCAAGAGUGUAACACUUCAAUGGGAACCACCAUUGAGCAAUGGUGGAUCAGAUCUGACUGGUUAUGUUGUUGAAAAACGAUUGGCCACGCUGUCAUCAUCAAUCAAAUGGACUCGCGUCGUUACACUUGACUCAUACUGUUUGCAAUAUUGUAUUGACAACUUGAAAGAAAAGUCUGAGUAUGUAUUUAGAGUUCUUGCUGAGAAUGAAGCAGGUCUCAGUGCUCCAGCAACAACAGAGAAUAUCGUGCUUAAAACACAUGCGACUGUCCCAUCACCUCCAACUGCACCACUUGAAGUUCGCGGUAUCGGUGUUAAUACUAGCAUAUUUGAAUGGGGUAUUCCUGAAUCUGAUGGUGGUGCGCCAUUGGAAGGCUACAACAUUGCAAUUCGUGACAUGAAAAGAACAAUGUGGAUUGAAGUUGGACGUGUGUCAGCCGAUGUUCAACGAUUCCAAAUUCGAGACCUUCAAGAAGAUCAUGAAUAUAUGAUUCGAAUCUUUGCUCGAAACGAAGUUGGUCUCAGUGAACCACUUGAAUCAGAAGAACCAUACAAAGUUUUACCAAUGGCCGGCCCUGAUCUAGGCGAAGAAGGCAAAACGGACUUCACAGAGCCAACGGGAUAUAGUACUGAAAAUACAUCAUCUUGGUUGAGAGACCACAAUAUGGAUGCCGAUAUUUCAUCAUAUGCUAGAUCGAAACUCUUGCGUAAAGACGAGUAUUUCUUCCGAAUAUGGCAUCACGCUGGCUCUUUGUUCAAAUAAACUCAAAAUAUGGACAUAGUUCAUUUCUUAAAUUAAAAAAAUGAACAACAUACCGAAAUUAGAAAAAUACAGACAUAACAAAUAAUAUCAUUUAAGUUUGACACACUUGUAAAAUUAUCAUCCGCACAUUAAUGUGUGCAAUAUCCGAAAAAAGCCAUUAGAAUUCUUUUUCGUUGGUGCGAAUGGAAAAGAAUUUUCAUCGCUUUAAGAUGAUUUUUUUUUUGUUUUGUUCAUCUCCUGUUCCAUUUGAAAGGAAGCAUUGGUUAAAGCUUGUUCAAAAUCUGUGAUAUUUCUAUUCAUUUAAAAAAAUCGAAUUAUGACGACUAAUAGUAAAAAUUUGAAAAUGAAAACGAACAAGAAAGGAAAAAUGAAAAAAGAGAAAAACUUUACUCAAUUAUGUAAAUAACCUAAACAUUGUUUCUACAUUUUGAAAUAUAUUUAUCAAAUUUAAAAUUAAAUGUGUGGAUGAUCGAGAGUUCGCAAAUCAAAUAGUAAUAAUUAAAAUUCAAACUCAUUGUUUAUGUGAACAUCGAACCAUUAAGAGAGAGACAUAGCAAUAUAGGUUUAUAGUUUCGCAACCAAACAAUUAGAUUGGAAUUUAAUCAGUUAAACUUAUUCGAUUUGCUUGAUAUAUACAAUGAUUGAUAUUUUUCAAUAAAACUAAAUAAAUAAAAUUAAUAUAAAAAAA